CCAUUUCAUAUUUUCAUUUCCUCUAACUUGCAACUCCUCCUCUCCAGUACUCUCCACAGUCCACGCCAACCACCGCCCACCGACAGCCGCGCCCCCACCCACCGCCACCGCCGCCGACGCCGCAUGACGGUGUCGCGCGGCCCGCCGGGGCGGCCGGCGGCGUCGUCGGGCUGCCUCGGGUGCUGGAGGAGGCGCCCGCCGCUGGGGUUCGGCGCCAAGGUCACCAUCGCCAUCGCGCUCGGCCUCUCCUUCGCCAUCGUCUGGACCUCCCUCUCCCCGACCUCCUCCUCCCAGCAGAUCUCCACCGAGCGCUCCUCCUUCGCCGCCGACAUCGUCGACCCUCCCCCCGCCUCCCACAACCAUACUGCCACUACCACCACCGCCGCCGCCGCCGCCGGCGGCCACAGGAAGCCCCGCCCCACUACCUCCCGCAGCCACAAGAAGCGCCAUCCUCCCGCCGGAUCCCACCCCCACCGCCCCAAUGCCACCGCCUCGCCGGAUUCCACUCCGGCAAACGCGGAUCACGCCGUGCAGUCAAAACCCGCCGAGCCGGAGCCGGAGCCAGGGACUGAGCUAGAGGAGGAGGAGGUGGAGCAAGAUCAGGAGGAGAAGGAGGCGGAAUUGCCCAUGCCCGAGGAGAGCGGAGACGGGAAGGCGCCCGAGGAGGAAAGCGAGAAGGCGCCGGAGCUGGAGCUCGACGAGCUCAGCGAGGGAGACGGGUACGGCGAGGAGGCGGAAGAGGGGCAGAAGAAAGCUCCAAAGAAGACGAAGAAGCAGCCGCCCUUGUUCAGCUCGUCUGCACAUUACCACUGGAAGCACUGCGGCGCCAAGAGCGGCCACCAUUACAUCCCUUGUGUGGAUUUUGAUGGGGAUGGGAGCCAGAGGCACCGCGAGCGGAGCUGCCCGAGGUUGCCGGCGACGUGCCUCGUGUCAAUGCCCAAGGAGUAUAAGCCGCCUGCUCCGUGGCCGGAGAGGAAAGAGAAGGUUUGGUAUGGGAAUAUUGGACAUCCUAGGUUGUCAAGUUAUGUUAAGGGUCAUGGCUGGUUGAACCGGACUGGCGAUUACUUGAUGUUCCCACCUGAUGAGUGGGAAUUUAAAGGUGGAUCAAGGCAUUACGUCGAAGCAAUCGAUGAGAUGGCACCUGACAUUGACUGGGGUAAAAAUAUUCGAGUAGUACUGGAUAUUGGAUGCAAGAGUGCUGGCUUUGGUGUCGCUCUACUUGAGAAGGAUGUGAUAACACUAUCUUUAGGUCUUACGAAUGAUCAAACUGACCUUGCACAAGUUGCCCUUGAACGUGGCAUCCCUGCAACAGUUGGCAGUCUUGGAUCAAAAAGGUUACCCUUCCCUAGUGGUGCAUUUGAUGCUAUCCACUGUGGUGAUUGCAACAUACCAUGGCAUUCUAAUGGUGGAAAGCUUCUCCUAGAGAUAAAUAGGAUCCUUCGUCCAGGAGGAUACUUCAUUAUAUCAAGCAAACAUGGUGACCUUGAGAGUGAAGAAGGAAUAUCAGCUUCAAUGACUGCUAUAUGUUGGAAUGUAAUAGCUUACAACAGUGAUGAUGUCAGUGAAGCUGGAGUGAAGAUAUUCCAACGACCACCUUCCAAUGAUGAAUAUGAUCUGAGAGCAAAAAAAGAUCCACCAUUUUGUAAGGAAGACCAGAACAAAGCUCCUGCAUGGUAUACUCUGAUCAGACAUUGCCUGCAUAAAGCUCCUGUUGGCAUUGAAGAACGAGGCAGUGAAUGGCCUGAAGAGUGGCCCAAGAGGAUUGAGACUUUUCCUGAGUGGCUUGGGGACUUGCAAACAAGGGUGGAAGCUGAUCAUAAACAUUGGAAGGCUGUUGUUGAGAAAUCAUAUCUGGAUGGAUUGGGAAUUGAUUGGUCAAAUAUCCGAAAUGUUCUGGAUAUGAGAGCUGUAUUUGGAGGAUUUGCUGCUGCACUGGCAUCGAAAAAAGUUUGGGUCAUGAAUGUUGUUCCUGUUCAUGCUCCGGACACUUUACCCAUAAUCUACGAGCGUGGGCUGAUUGGUGUCUACCAUGAUUGGUGUGAACCAUUUAGCACAUACCCAAGGUCAUAUGAUCUUCUACAUGCUGACCACUUGUUCUCACGCUUGAACAACAGAUGCAAGCAACCUGUCUCAAUCGUGGUUGAGAUGGACCGAAUUUUGAGGCCUGGAGGUUGGGCCAUCAUCAGAGAGAAGCUUGAGAUCCUUGAUCCAUUAGAGAAAAUUCUGAAAUCAUUGCAUUGGGAAAUAGUGAUGGCAUUCAGGAAGGACAAGGCGGGCAUCAUGUCUGUAAAGAAGACGACUUGGCGGCCAUGAUCUAAUCUGUUGAUACGAGUCUCCCGACAUACCAAUUUUGAAGUGGUACAGGCGUACAGCUAUUGAUUUCUUAAUCUGGGUUAAAGAUACACGAUUGAUUCAUUGUUUGCACCAACAAUAUGCUAGCCAUCUACUACCUGUUGUAGAAUACUUCUGGAGCAUCCCAGUUCCAGGCGCGAGGAAGAGACCCUGAAAUUCAGGCUGGAUACUGAAAAACAGGGUUGUACAAGCUGUAACAUUUAGCAAUUGUUUGUAUUUCUUGUAAAUUGUAACAAUAUGUAAAGAUUGCAACAAUUGCUUGGUGCUGUUUAAAAUUGUAAAAAUGUGUGAAUACUGUACGUAAGACGAGAACAAAACCUUUUCCUGUAUUACUCUCUGCACUUGCUCUUCCACAAGAAAGCAUGCAACUCAAAUUGCAUGUAAAAUGUUGGAAUACAAACAGUGUUUCCUACUGUCCAUUCUCUUGUACCUGUGAUCCACAUUGUAUUUCAGAAAA